AUGCGGCACAUCCACGCAGAGACGUCCCUGCCCCCGGAGCACAGCACCGAGAGCACAGAGCAGCGGGCAGGCAGUCGGCAGGCCGUCAAGAGGGGUUACCCCGAGCAGCGAACUCAGGAGGGGGGACGAGAUCCGAAACGAACUCACUGGGGUGGCGGGGGGGGGGAUGGCAAGCGUGAUGGGGGCCCUGGGCAGGCUUCCCUGGAUGAUGACGAUGCCUUCGAGGAUGGUCUGCUGGUGGAGGAGCUGUCCCUGUGUGGCUCUGCACAGCACUUCUCCCACAGCGGGUUGCGGGUGGUGGAGCACCGGUGUGAAGGCAGCCCUAGCCCCAGCCCCAGGGCCAGCAGAGAGAAGUCACGGGAUGUCUCCUCGUCCUCCUGGCCCCAGCACAUUGCUUGCAGUACUUUGCACAUGAGAGACAGUUGCUCUGUCUCAUCGGGGGAUCAGCCCACAGACUACGGAGGGAAUGGGGAGCAGGCAAGUGGCCACGACUUACUUCACCUUGGUUUGCACAAUAUUGCACAAACAGCCUGGUUGGACUCUGGUGGGAAGAGAGAGAAGCCAGGGGGCAGCCCAGCUCACAGCAGCUCUGCUAGCAGAGAAGAAGAAGGGCCCGUGGUGGCCAACGGGUGCAAGGGGCCCCCAGCUCCACAGACAGUGCUCAGCCCUGAGCCCAGCAACCUGAGCUCCCUGGAGAAGACUCCCUGCGGGAGCAGCCAGCUCAGCAGCAGCAACUGCCCGGCCAAAAGGAAGCUGCUUCCCACCGCCGAGGUUGUAGCUGACUCCUGCUCUGAGGAUGAGAGCCUGUCCCCAUUGGCAAGGAAGAAGAGGAUCCUGCUGUGCCAUCCAGUGCCCACAGCCUGCCGCAGCACUGAUGCCAAGGGGGCCCCAUUCUGGAAUCACCUGCUUCCCGUGGCCAAGAGCUCUGCAGAUUGCACCGGGGUCGGGAGGAGGCUGAAGAGCGGGCUGCGCCUCAAAUCGCGACAUCUCCGGAGCAACCUCCGGAGGUGUACCAGGUCCUCCGCAGCGCCCUGGGCCACCACCACUGUCAGCCAUGCUCUGCUGGGCAACUUUGAGGAGUCCAUCCUGAAAGGGCGCUUUGCACCCUCGGGGAGGAUCGAGGGGUUCACAGCGGAGAUCGGUGCCAGCGGCUCCUACUGCCCCCAGCACGCCACCCUGCCCGUUGACGUCACCUACUUCGACAUCUCCGAACACAGCGCACCCUCGCCUUUCCUGGGAGUGAUUGACUUGGAGGCCUUGGGAAAGAAGGGUUACAGUGUCCCCAAAGCUGGAACCAUCCAAGUGACCUUAUUUAACCCCAACAAGACUGUGGUGAAGAUGUUCUUGGUGACGUACGACUUCCAGGACAUGCCAGCCAACCACAUGACCUUCCUACGCCAUCGCAUCUUCCUGGUGCCCGUGGGGGAGGAGGAAGGGGCCACUGUGGCCCCCAGCGACCCAGCAGGCACCAGCCCACCCCGUAGGGUCCUCUGCUACCUGAUGCACCUAAG